CGGGGCAGCCAGGAUGGGAGCGCAGAGCCUGGCGGCGGCUUGCGGGGCGCUGGCUUUGUGCCUGGCCCUCACCGGAGCCACCAGCCCCGGCUUCGUGGUGAGGAUCACCCAGAGUGGAUUGGACUAUGCGCAUCAGCAGGGGAUCGCCAUCCUGGAGAAGGAGCUGGCCCAGCUGAAGCUGCCAGAUAUCUCGGGUGACUUUCGCAUCCGGCACGUGGGGAAGGUGCACUAUGAGAUCUCCAGAUUGGACCUUCGCAGUUUCAACUUGCCGUACUCGCGGAUUUCCCUGGUCCCCAACGUGGGCCUGCAGGUCUCCAUCUCCAACGCCUUCGCCGAGGUGGAUGGGAACUGGCGGGUGAAGAUAUACUUCAUCCGGGACCACGGUUCAUUUGAUCUGAAGGUGGAGAAUGUCUAUAUCAAAAUCAACCUGAAGCUAGGCAGCAGUGCCGCUGGGAAACCCACCAUUGACACGUCUGACUGCAGCACCCGCAUCUCCAAAGUCCGGGUACACUUUUGGGGCAAGUUUGGAUGGCUUUACAACCUCUUCUAUGGCGCUGUUGAGUCCAGAUUCCGGAAUAUUUUGGAGAGCAAGGUCUGUGAGAACGUGGUCACGUCUGUGCGCAGCGAGCUCCAGCCUUACCUCCAGACCCUGCCAGUCACAGCCAGGAUAGAUGACAAGGCCGGGAUCGAUUACUCCUUGGUGGCACCCCCAACUGCUACCGCCCAGUCCCUGGACGUGGACCUGAAGGGUGAAUUCUUCUCCCUGGCCCACCGCUCCACCGUCCCCUUCCCUCCGCUGGCGCUGGCCUUCCCCCCGGAUCAUGACCGUAUGGUUUACUUUGGGGCAUCCAGCUACUUCUUCAAUACAGCCGGCUUCGCCUACCACGCAGCCGGGGCUCUGGUCUUCGAAAUCACAGACUCCAUGAUCCCAAAGGACACGGGGUUCCAUUUGAACACCUCCACCUUCUCAGCCUUCAUUCCCCAGCUAGAGAAGAUGUAUCCAGACAUGCCGAUGAAGUUCAGGCUGUCCGCCCCCUCUGCUCCGUUUCUGAACAUCGGACCAGGGGGGCUCUUACUCAAGCCUGUCGUGGAUAUCCAGGCUUAUGCCAUCCUUCCCAGCUCCAGCCUGGCGCCUCUCUUCCUCCUCAGCCUGACAAGCAAUGUGUCUGCUGUCAUCGACGUGAAAUCUGGCCACAUAGUUGGGAACCUGACCACGGGCAGGUUGAGGCUCUCUCUGAAGCAUUCGGAUGUUGGCACUUUCCAGGUGCGAAUGCUGCAGUCCUUAAUGAACACCAUUGCUUCCCUUACGCUGCUCCCGCGUCUUAAUGAAAGGUUAGCUGAGGGUUUCCCUCUGCCACUGCCGGACAGAAUACAGCUCUCCAAUAUCCUUGUGAGGUUUCACCAGAAUUUCCUGCUGCUUGGAGCAGACGUCCGCUAUCAGCCUCGGGAAUGGAGAUAA